UCGGAUUUCGGCCUCGGUCAUUGGCCUCCGAUAGCGGCGAAUUCUUUUUCCCGCAUGACGUCGCCCUUAUAUCUCGUAUUAUUAUUUCUCUUCAAAGAACAAUUGCAACUGCGGCCAUUUGGUUAGAAGUAGUCCAUACACUCACGAGAUAAUUCAUUACUUUUUCUUGGACGAUUCGACAGUAUAGAAGCGUCCUUCAAUAACCACCUCUAUACCACGAUACUCUUUGCAAAAGAUUAGACGAGCCACAACGCAAGCCAGCACCCCAACAAUGUCAAUCACGGCACCCACGCGACAAACGUUGCGCCAUCUUCGACGACUUUGUGUUUAUUCCUCCCUCGUCGAGCCCGUCGGGGGCGCAACGCCACAAACUCACCAUAUACGCACUUCUUCAUAUACUCUCCCUCACCUUGUCUCUCACCCCUCUCGUCAACAUACCAGAACCAUCAGCGUGAGCUCCGGGAGACAUCAUGGAUCACAACAGGCCACCGCCACUGCCAGCAGCGACAAACCCGACAGCACCACCACCACCACAGCCCCUCUACCCGACAUUUCGACCUACUACACGCUCUUCCCAAACACGCUCUCCGCGGGUCCUCCCCCAACGGGGCCAUUCAAUAUCCCCUUGGCCCAACUGAAGCGUGAAUUCUUACUCCUCCAAUCUCAACACCACCCUGACAAAUACACCUCCCAGCCCACCGCGCAUCAAAAGGCCAUGGCCCUGUCCUCGCUGUUGAACAGCGCGUACAAAACACUGUCGGACCCGCUGCUACGUGCGCGGUAUCUCUUGCACCAUACCUAUGGCAUCGACAUCACCUCGGAAGAUAACAGCACCCACAGCGGUCUGACGGAUCAGGAGACGCUCAUGGAGGUCAUGGAAGCACAAGAGGCGAUUGAGGAGGCCGAGACUCAAGAACAAGUCGAUGCCCUGAAGGAGGAGAACCAAGCGAGGAUAGAUCAAACAAUUAAGCUGCUAGGACAAGCUUUUGAACAUGAAGAUGUCGAAGCAGCAAAGACAGAGUGUAUUCGUUUGAACUACUGGCGGAGUCUACAACAAGGCUUGCACGAGUGGGAACCUGGAAAGGAAGUACGACUGAUACACUGAAUCAGUAUUGUCUAAUCUAUCAUGUAUUUACCUUCACCCGUGUUUGUAUACGAUGACCUCUACCAGGACAUGUCCAUAAUUUCUAUCAGCUGUUUUCAAUCCCUCAUAUCCGGGUCGGUCGGAGAGCAACGUGGACGUCUUUCCCCGCAUGACGGUCUAAUCAUAAGUCUUACCCAUGCACAUCAUGCUCUAUGGCUCUCAAGGGGUAGACUUGAACCUCUGGGCAACAACUCACGCCUGACGCUGCCCUCAAGCAUGACACUGGAAGACUGUUUGAUCUUGAUCGCGUCUGGCAUCAGCUUCCACUUCGAGUUUUCCACCACAACGCUCUUGGUCCCCCUUUUACUGCCUUUUGUCUCUUCGCCCGUCUUCUUUCUGCGGGACAUGUGCUCGUCGCGCUCGAUAUUGAAUUUGAUUUCUUCCGCGAGGCAGAGAACCCAUUUGUCCUUUUGACUUUGUGGCCACAUCACACUGACAGAAAACACCUCUCGAUCAGGAUCUUCCAGCAUUGGACUGUACCCUCGCUUGUUGUGGGACAGUACGAGGCGAUCGAGCCCACAGAAGUUCUCCGUGUAGCCCCACGGUCGAAAGGCACCAUUGUCUUGCAUGAAAAAGUUGACUCCAAACUCUGUCCAGGUGUGUUCGUAAUUGAUGGCCGGCUCAAAACAGAUGUCCGAGAUGAUGUUACACAUCCAGCCAGGUACAUGAAGGACGUUUUCCAGGCAGAUUGUGUGGCUUUCUUUGCUCCCCGGGGCACGACGUAUCUUGAGCUCCACCGAACCAAUACCUUUGACCGGUACAUGGCUUUGAUCUGCGACUGUGAGGACGUAUGACUUGAAAGGGAUGUAUGUCUUGAAGGCGGCACGGUCGACAGCUAUGUGUACAUUUGAUGCCGUGGAAAAUAUCCAGUCAUAGCAUGACUUUUGCUUCGGUUUCUUGAAAGGAAUGCCGUAUGUGGUGGCUCGACGAUCGGGGUAGUAUGAGCUCGGC